GCGGGCCACAAACGCAACUUAAUCAUUACGCAGCAACAAGGAAGAGAGAGACGCACCGCAGGAGAAGAGAGACGCGACUAUAAGAGCUUGUUUUUCUCUCCGCAUCUCGUUCAUCUGAACCCAGUCACCCAAAGCUUCAACAGAAUGAUGCUGCAGCACUCGGGUCCCUCGCUGGCUGACAUCAGCUGCUCGGCCAUGGUGCCCUGCCUGUCGCCGCCGGGCACGCUCACCCUGGACGACUUCACCAACUUCACGCCGCUGGUGAAAGAGGAGCUGCGGCUGGCCAUCCAGUCCAAGCGCCAGUCCAACGGGCUCAGCGCAGACAUAAGCUCGGACGGCGCCAGCUCCAGCUCGGACCGAGCCUCGGAGCGCUACGCCUGCGGAUCUGGAGUCAGGAGAGAGAUCACACCUCAGGAGCACGAGAGGAGGAAGAGACGGAGAGAGAGGAACAAGAUCGCUGCUGCUAAAUGCCGCAACAAGAAGAAGGAGAAGACUGAGACUCUGCAGCAGGAGUCUGAGAAACUGGAGACAGUCAACGCCGACCUGAAGGCUCAGAUCGAGGAGCUGAAGCAGCAGAAGCAGCAGCUGGUCUACAUGCUCAACCUGCACCGGCCGACCUGCAUCGUCCGAGCCCAAAACGGCCAAACGCCCGAGGACGAGAGGAACCUCUUCAUCCAGCACAUCAAGGAGAGCGCUUUCCAACUGCACGACCUCACCACCUCCAUCACAUCCGCCUCAUUAUCUCCCUCCGUCACCACGUUAGCACCUCUGGACGGAGGGCAUCUGACCCUUGACCACAUUCACUGUCCCGGUCCCCUAUGAGCCGCCGGUUGGGUCUCUGCUACUUUUCAAAAAGACUAGCGAUGCCGCCAUCCUGCUUCCACCGACUGUUUGAGAGGCUGGAUGGCGCCGCCGCAUAGACGAGCUAAGAAUGACAUUGUAAAUGCCAUUCAGAUGACUCCUCGGUCUCAUUCACUGUCCACAAAGCUGCUAGAGAGAGAGAGACAGAGAGAGAGAGAGAGAGAAAGAGAGAGAGAGAGUGGCACAACGUGACCUCAUCGCCUCCUUCUCCCUGAAACCGUAGCUGCUGAUUGGACACAAAGUACAGCACCUUGAGAUGCAUUAUGUUUGUUUUAUAUUUUUUUAACAUUACAUACCGUCAAGGCCAAUGACGGAUGCCAAAGCACUAAAACAGGAAACAGUUGUUUUUUUGUUUUGUUUUUUUACUGGUGUUUGAAAGUUCAUUUUUUUUGUACCAAAGCAGAGCGUGAUUUCAAGGUGAUCAAGGCACAUAAUUUAAAAUGUCACCCUCAAAGAAAGUAGACGCAGAUUGACCGUGCGAGUGUGUACCGAGUGUGUUUGAGUCACUGACUUUAAAAAGAAGACAUUGUUUGUGCUCAGUGUAU